CCCCAAUGGCAAUUCUUGUUGUAGAACGAGGUUACAUGAUCGUGAACUUACUCUUUGCUCUAACUUGUCUUCUCUUAAACUUAACUCAUUGCUUUAGCCCCAAGAGACUCAACGUUUCAGCCGUCUCAGCCAGCGAUUCUGAUUGGUCUAUCGCCGGAGCUACGUGGUAUGGCAACCCCAACGGAUACGGAAGCGAUGGUGGAGCUUGUGGUUAUGGAACUGCUGUAGCAGAACCACCGUUUUCGAACAUGGUAUCAGCCGGAGGUGCUUCGUUGUUCAAGUCAGGGAAAGGAUGUGGUGCAUGUUACCAGAUAAAAUGCAGUUCGAAAUCAGAGUGUUCAAAAAAGCCGGUUACGGUAGUGAUUACAGACGAAUGUCCUGGAUGCGUUACAGAGUCGGUCCAUUUCGAUUUGAGUGGUACAGCUUUUGGUGCCAUGGCGAUUUCUGGUCAAGGUAGUCAGCUUCGCGGUGCCGGAGUUUUGGAGAUUCUUUACAGAAAAGUUGAGUGCAACUAUAUAGGCAAAACGGUAACGUUUAAAGUGGAUGACGGUUCAAACGCUAACUACUUCGCGGCUUUGGUAGAGUAUGAAGACGGAGACGGCGAAAUUGGCCGAGUCGAACUCAAACAAGCUUUAGAUUCUGACAAGUGGAUGUCUAUGAGCCACUUAUGGGGCGCCGUGUGGAAGCUGGACGUGUCGUCGCCUUUGAGGGCACCGCUGUCUCUCCGAGUGACUUCGCUGGACUCCGGCGAGACUGUUGUGGCUACCGAUGUCAUUCCGGCAGACUGGCAACCCGGCGCCAAGUACAAAUCGAACGUGAACUUUCAAGUGUAGCUGCAGCUGAAACUAGUUUAAUUAUACGAUCUAUACUAUAUAUAUAAAUGAUAUAUUUUCU